GGCGUGACGCGGCCGCGCGGGAUGGGCAGGGUCGGGGCCUAGGCGGCGACAAGAGCGAGAGGCGGUGGUGUGACGGCGGCCCUUCCACCCGACCGCCAUGAGCACCAAGCAGGUCACUUGCAGGUAUUUUAUGCAUGGUGUGUGUCGGGAAGGAAACCAGUGCCUGUUCUCACAUGACUUGGCAAACAGCAAGCCAUCUACCAUCUGCAAAUACUACCAGAAGGGCUGUUGCGCCUACGGAACUCGGUGCAGAUACGAUCACACGAGGCCCUCUGCUGCAGCUGGUGGGGCCAUGGGCGCUGUUCCCCACGGGGUGCCCUCCCUGGGUUUCCACAGUCCUCACCCUCCUUCCGACCUCACUGCAUCAAUCGUGAAAACUAACUUACACGAGCCUGGGAAACGUGAAAAGAGGACAUUGGUACUUAGAGACCGAAAUCUCUCUGGCAUGGCUGAAGAAAAGACUUGCCCAAGUGUGGUGAGUAAUCUCGGAGGCUGCAGCGACCCGCAGAACAGCCUGGAGCUGAAGCCGCAUUCCUACCUAGAAGCAAUCAGGAGUGGUCUCGACAACUUAGAAGCUAGCAGCUCCUACAGCAGCGAGCAGCAGCUGUGCCCCUACGCAGCUGCCGGGGAGUGCCGAUUUGGGGAUGCUUGUGUCUACCUGCAUGGGCAAGUGUGUGAAAUCUGUAGGUUACAAGUCCUGCACCCCUUCGACCCAGAGCAAAGGAAAGCUCACGAGAAGAUCUGCAUGUCGGCGUUCGAACACGAGAUGGAGAAGGCCUUUGCCUUCCAGGCGAGUCAGGACAAAGUCUGCAGCAUCUGCAUGGAGGUUAUCCUCGAGAAGGCGUCCGCCUCGGAGCGGAGGUUCGGGAUCCUUUCCAACUGCAACCACACGUAUUGCCUGUCCUGCAUCCGGCAGUGGAGGUGUGCCAAGCAGUUUGAGAACCCAAUCAUCAAGUCUUGUCCAGAGUGCCGUGUGAUAUCAGAGUUUGUAAUUCCAAGUGUGUAUUGGGUAGAAGAUCAGAAUAAAAAGAACGAGUUGAUUGAAGCUUUCAAACAGGGAAUGGGGAAAAAAGCUUGUAAAUACUUUGAGCAAGGCAAAGGGACCUGCCCGUUUGGAAGCAAAUGCCUUUAUCGCCAUGCUUACCCUGACGGGCGGCUAGCAGAACCAGAGAAACCUCGGAAACAGCUCAGUUCUGAAGGCACCGUGAGGUUCUUUAAUUCAGUGCGGCUCUGGGAUUUCAUUGAGAACCGAGAGAGCCAGCAUGUCCACAACACUGAAGACGUCGACAUGACAGAACUUGGGGACCUCUUCAUGCACCUCUCUGGAGUGGAGUCAUCAGAACCCUGAAGAGUAGGUGGUCGCCCUGCGUCUUCGGCUCCACCAGCCGAGCCUUCCCCACGCCAGGGUGUGCAGCGCUUCUUUCACGGCAGCCUGGGGUGGCGUGUCACUUGGAUUUGAGUGGGGUUGUAUUUAACCUUGGUCUCAUCCACUCCAUUAUUACAGCCAUGGGAAGAGUGGGGAUAUAAAAUAACCUUAACACA